GGUUCAGUGACGGCUCUAGCCCGGCCCUGGCCCAUCGGGUAGGGGAGGAGGGCGCCGGCGAGCGCGCGUUGCCUGAGCCGGCCCGGGAGCGGUCGAGCAGAGUGCGAGGCGGCGGCGGCGCGAUGGCUCCGGCCGGGGACCGCGAAGGCUACUGGGGGCCGACGACCUCCACUUUGGACUGGUGUGAGGAGAACUAUGUGGUGACGGUGUUCAUCGCUGAGUUCUGGAAUACAGUGAGUAACCUGAUUAUGAUCAUACCUCCAUUUUUUGGUGCAAUUCAGAGCAUUAGAGAUGGACUGGAAAAGCGGUACAUUGCUGCUUAUUUGGCACUCAUGGUGGUAGGAACAGGAUCCUGGUGUUUCCACAUGACUCUGAAAUAUGAGAUGCAGUUACUGGAUGAACUCCCCAUGAUUUACAGUUGCUGCAUAUUUGUAUACUGCAUGUUUGAAUGUUUCAAGACAAAGAACUCAUUAAACUACCACCUGCUUUUUACCCUAGUUCUAUUCAGUUUAAUAGUAACCACGAUUUACCUAAAAGUAAAAGAGCCCAUAUUUCAUCAGGUCAUGUAUGGAAUGUUGGUCUUUAUAUUAGUCCUCCGUUCUAUUUAUAUUGUUACAUGGGUUUAUCCAUGGCUUAGAGGACUAGGCUAUACAUCCUUGACUAUCUUUUUAUUGGGAUUUUUAUUGUGGAAUGUAGAUAACAUCUUUUGUGAUUCACUGAGGAACUUUCGAAAGAGAGUGCACCCUCUCUUAGGUGUUACAACACAGUUUCAUGCAUGGUGGCAUAUUUUAACUGGCCUGGGUUCUUAUCUUCACAUCCUUUUCAGUUUAUAUACAAGAACACUUUACCUGAGGUACAGGCCAAAAGUGAAGUUUCUCUUUGGAAUCUGGCCAGUGAUCAUGUUUGAACCUCAGAGGAAGCACUGAUGAAUUGUUUUACCAAGAAAACACAAAGCACCUACUGUGGUUCUGGCGAGAUGGUCAAGAAAUCCCCAAAGACUUGUCCAUUCAAAGACAACAUGCCCAUCAAAAGAGAGGAAUGACUCAGCUACACAGAGAAUGAGCAAUUGGUCUAUUGGGUGUUUAUCUCCUGGCUUUAUCUCAUUUGUUCUGGACCUAAGAUGCUUACAGAGAAACAGAUAGUGUAUAUUUAUAUUCUAGAAUGGUGGAAAGGUUGGGCUUUUCUUAACACGUUAACAGUUUGCGCUGGUCAUUUAUGGAAAAUUAAUAUUUUUUAUUUUUUUACAAGAGUAGCAUAUUAAUUAUACCUUUAUUAAUUUUGAUUAAAUAUUGAACAAAGUCAUUAAGGACUGGCAAAAUCCAAAAUCCAGAUGGUUGAUUGUGAGCCAGCACUUAGUUGUGUCAGCUUUGACUUAGAACGUCACAGAUGGUUUUCCAAUAUUAUAAAGAAGGGGAAGUCCUGGCUGUGGGUUUCUAGGUGGCUCCUCACUGUCUGCCUUGGUGCUAGCUGGAGUGCUAUAAGCAAACUCCGACCUGCCAGUGAGUGGGCUCUGUUCUCAUUACCUCCAAGAAUUUGUCUUGGGCUUUGUGGCAAUAGCCAAUCCAAGGGGUGGGCCGUGUAACAUCCCCUCAGAAGCUCUCUAUGGCACCUGUGGAACGUGGCCCCUCUCACCAGUUUAACGCUCGUGUUUUGCUUUCUUUGAUCUUCAAAUUAUUCUUUUUGUGUCUAGCAAAAUUAACUGGUGGUCUAGCCUACCCAUAUUCUGUAUGCCAGCAUAGUUUAAGUAAAGUUAUCAGGGAAAGUUGUAAAAUUUUCACUUUUUGCAUUAUGUAGUAUUUUCCAGUUCUCAGAGAAGUCAAGGCUAUACCCUGGCACAUAAGUUAACUAGAAGUAAAAUGGUCAGGACUGUUCUGCAUGAACUGUACUAAAAUAUUUACUCCUUCAUUUUUUGAGGAGAAGAAAUACAAGGGUUGAAACAGUGCUGACUUGUAACGUUUGCAACAUCUAGACUUAGAGUACUAAGUAAUAGCAGUAAAAUCUCAUUGUGAGGCAAACGGCUCCAGUUUGGAUUUGAGUCUAUAAGAAAUUGAAUUGAUUCUCACAAACAGUAAAUGAAGAAUCAUAUAUCUAUUAACUACAUCCUGAGCUAUGGCUUCAAAAGAAAAGUAGGUUGGUUUUGUUUUUUUUUUUUUGUUUUGUUUUGUUUUUUUGUUUUUUUUUUUCAUGUAAAAUUGGUUUUUAAAAAACUUCUCAUUUUUUUUUCAAUCUUCAAUCUGAGUAGUCUUAGCCUAGCAGGGUGAUGCAUGCCUUUAAUCCAAGCACUCAAAAGGCAAAGGUAGGCAGACCUCUGUGAAUUUAAGGCCAGCCUGGCCUAACAUAGUUCCAGGCCAGGCAGGGGUACAUAGUGAAACUGUGUCUCAAAAAUAAAGAAAGAAAGGAAGAAAAAAAAGGUUUGAUUCGUUAAGUAGCCUUGGUAUAUUUUUAAAACAAAAAAUGUUUCCUUUGCUCACUGGCAUUUUUAAAGCCCAAGUACUAGUUUCCUUCCUUUAGCAUCCCGGAUGGCCAUUAAACAAACACACCUUUUAGGAAAGCAAGACACACCAAACAUAAACCUAAAAGAACCUAAGUUGUACUUCCAUUACAGGUGUGGAUCAGAGUCCACAAUACAUGCAGUGAGAUUCCAAGGUUCUUGUGUCCUGGAACAAGAACUGGACCAGGGACAUAUGGGUAGUGAUAGAAAUAGAGACCUUUUAUUAGGAUAAAAGAAAAAUGUUCCCCAGAAUGGGAGUGGGUCCAAAGACUGGGAAGGGUGUCCACGGCCCUGGCCAAGAGAAACUCCACCCUUUAUAGGCCAUUUCCAUACCCUCCAUCUUUUCUGCAAUUAGAGAAGGUAGGGCUUUCUAAAGCACAUUGUUUUGUUAUGCAUAGGGGUUCACUCCUUCUUUUUUUUUCUUUUUUCUUUUUUUUUUUUUUUUUUUUGAGGAGAAGAAAUACAAGGGUUGAAGCAGUGCUAACUUGUAACUUUUGCAACAUCUAGGACUUAGAGUACUAAGUAAUAGCAGUAAAAUCUCAUUGUGAGGCAAAUUUGUAUUUGAGUGUAUAAGAAACCAGUCUUCCUUUAGGUUGGUUUUUGUUUGUUGGCCUCUAGAGCAUCCUAUUCUCCUACCUCACUUUACCCCCCAUCCUCAGAGCUGUGGUUCCAAAAAUCUUUUUUGAGGAGCUAAAGGGAGAUAAUAUAGUUUGUAUAAUUUCCAUGCUAAUGAAGGGUGUAAUCCUUACCAAAGAGAGACUAAAACUGUCUUCCUAUUUUAUCUGUUGGUUGGAGAGAAGGCUUUGGAGUUUUUGUUGUGGGAGUUGGUUUGAUCCCUGUAUUAUAAUGAGUUAAGUUUGAAACUGUCAUAUCCUAGAAGACAUAAAUUUUAUGUGAUUAAAAAAAUGCAAGAAUUUUUUUUCUGGAGAGAUGGUUUAGCAGUUAAGAGCAUUAACUACUCUUGCAGGGGCCCUAGGUCUGAUUCUUAUCAGCCACAUGGUAGUUCACAAAAAUCCAUAACUGCAGUUUCUAAGGUUCUAAUGAUCUUUUCUGACAUCUGCAGACACCAGACAUGCAUGUGGGGCAUGCACAUACAUAUGGAAGCAAAGCAUCCAUGCACCUAAACUAAAUACAUUUUUUAAAAUGUCAGUGUAAGAAUCUAAGCAAGAAAAAUAUGACUCUGCCAACCCAACCAAUGGCCCCAGAAAGGACCAGAGUGAGGAAAACCAUAGCUAUGCUUGUGUAAAUUGUUAUGGAUAUAAUCCUUGAAACUGUUAAAAACAACAACAAAAAACCCACAAACAAAAAAAUACCCAAAUGGUGGUUAUGCAUUAAAAUCAUGGCAAAAUGCAAAAGAACAAUUUUUUAGAAAAAAAAAAAAUCUAGUAGUGGAAUGGAUUAAAGGGAAGAUAGCAUGGGACUGUAUCCAUUGAGUACCAACUGUGCCAAAAGAAAAAAAUAAAAUAAAAAACCAAAACAUAAGGUUAUAAGUACUGAUAGAUUUGUAAUAGAGUUUAUCUUUUCCUUUGUGAAGUUAAAGCAUCCUGUUUGUUUUCUAAAGAGAUCGUUUAAGUCCUUCAUCCUUUGAGUGACUUCUAGGUGUAGGUGGCCUUGUCUCUAAGGUUCUUGAGGCUGUGGAGACUUGUGCCUUAUGGACACUGGUAUCCUUAGAGUAACCUCUACAGUCUACAUCCUGUCUCCAAACAUCCAGUGCCCUUUUUAGCCAAGUGUCAGACACAGUGUAAUGUCUCUGUCCUGUAUCUUCUGAGAAAUAAGAUUCUAGCAAUGUGCUGAGUUGUAACCAAAAUAAGAGAGACUUUCCUUUUUUGGUAAGACUUAAUAGUAUGUCCUUUUUAUAACAUACAGGGAAAGUACACCCACUCUGAUGUUACUGCUUGAUGGUAUUAUAACUCCUAUAAUUUUCAUUAUGGAAAGGAAGUUCAAUUUAAAGAUCUUUGGCAAACAUAACCAUCAUUCUAGAUGUAUCUCAGCCUUACCUGAAAUCUUACAUUCAUCAAUCACUUGUACACUAAGAACAAUCCUAUGAAGGAAUCAGUCCAACAGAAGAAUUUUUUUUAUUUUUUAUUUUUUUUAUCAAGCCCGAGCUGUCCUAGAUUUGCUUUGUAGACCAAGCUGGUCUCAAACUCACAGAGAUCUGCCUACUUCUGCCUCCCUGAGUGCAGUGAUUACAGGCAUGCACCACAUGGCUCAACAGAAGAAUUCUUAACUCAACAUUCAGAAAAUUGGAUCAACAUAAAUCAUUUUGAUGCUGUUUUAUUUUUGUUUACCUUGAUUUAAAAAAUGAAAUAAAAUUUUAAUCUUUCUCAGAACUGAUUUUGGAAGAAAAUCUGUGAAUCCAGUAUAAGAUUUAGUAGCUUAAUAGAGCUUUUGUUUUGUGACACCAAUUAUUGUUGUUCAUCUUAUAUAUACAAGUAGCAUUUUAAAGUUUCAUGAAACAUUUGUUAGGCAAAAAGUAUAAUUUUAAUAAGUUCAGGGAGUUAAUGGUCCCUAUUUAUUAUAAGGCAGUGUGUACUUAUUAGGCCUUUUUACGUAUCUCUUAGACAUUCAUGUUUACUUACAUGUUUUAAAUUAGGAUGGCAGUUGGGUGGAGUGAUAGCUCAGCAAUUAGGAACACUUGUUGCACUUGCAGAGGACCUGGGUUCAAUUCCCAGCACCCAGAGGUGGCUCACAACCAUUCAUAACUCCAGUUCCAGGGCAUACAAUGCUCUCUUCUGACCUCUGAGGGCACCAGUCAUAAAUGUGGUGCAUACAUAUACAUGCAGACAAAACACUCAUACACAUAAAAUAAAACUUGAAAGAAAUUAAGCAUGCUAAGAGAAAAACAUAAUAAAGUAGGGUUUUCUUAAAUGUAUGAAUGAAAUAGCCACAUACUUUUGUCAUUUAGUUCUUUCUGAAUGUAAAAUUAUGAUGAUUACAUGAAAACAGUUACCAUGAACAGACAUGACACAAUUAGAGCAGGUUUCAGGCAGCAAAUAGAACUCAUACGGAAGAAUUCAGACUCCCUCGUUGAGGUGGUGAAAGGUCUAGUGAGAGGAGAAAGCGUCAAGGUAAAGAAGUUAGAUAGGAUGGGAGUUUUUAGGAUGGGGUCUCUUCUCUUUAGGCUUUAUCCUAAAAUAGACUGCAACAGUUCUUUUCUUUGAUAGAGAAAAAACACAACCUGAGAACGCUUAAGGGUUUUUUUUGUUUGUUUGUUUUGAGAAUUCGUCUUUAGUUCUUAUACAAUUUUAAAGUUUUUUAUUAAUUUUUUUACUAAUUUUAACAUUUAUUUACCUUAGAUAUAGUUUUAAAACUCUCAUUAAUUAUAAAUUAAAAUUUCAGUUUUUUCUUUAGAUGUUUUAAAACUUCAAUUAAAGUAGGCUAUCCAUUUGUGA